UUAUCACCGCACAGAUCAUUAUCAGGACGCAUCGUGGGCAGUGCCUGGUGGUUCUUCACCCUCAUCAUCAUCUCGUCCUACACCGCCAACCUGGCCGCCUUCUUAACGGUCGAGCGAAUGUUGACCCCGAUAAAUGGGGCGGAGGACCUGGCGAGGCAGAGGGAAAUUCUUUAUGGGACGGUCGAUUCCGGGUCCACCAAGGAAUUCUUCAAGACUUCAAAGAUAAACACAUACCAGGAAAUGUGGAGAGUGAUGAACAGUGACAAAUCAGUAUUCGCAAAGACUACUGACGAAGGCGUACAGAGGGUCCGAAACUCGAAAGGCAAGUACGCCUUCCUGAUGGAGUCGACGAUGAACGACUACUACAACCAGCGCAAGCCGUGCAACACCAUGAAGAUCGGCGGCAACCUAGACUCGAAAGGGUACGGCAUUGGUACCUACAUCGGUUCGGACCUCAGGGACGAUAUCAACGUGGCGGUGCUGAAACUUCUGGAGAACGAGAAGCUUCAGAAGCUUCAGAAGAAGUGGUGGUACGACAAAGGCGAGUGCCAAAGUGGCUCCACGCAAAGUUCACUGUCGUUGAGUAACGUGGCGGGGAUCUUCUACAUCCUGAUCGGUGGGCUGGGGCUGUCCCUGGUGGUUGCCUCUCUCGAGUUCCUCUACAAGUCCCACCGGGACUGCAAACAGAAGGUGGGUGUUGGAGUGGUUUUUGCGUUUUUUAUGUUCAUUUUUAAGAUUAAUGAGGCGCAAGUAUUAUAA